GCAGCAGCUGCAUGCAGAUCCAAAGAAUUAUUGUUCAGACGAGGGAGAUGGCUGCGCCACAUCGUGCGAUAAGGCAAAUUGGUAGAACCCAAUAAUGAUAAUUUCAUUUCUUUGUGUGGUCGCGCUCUAUUUGCCUUCAAAAGGAUUUGACGAGGAUUUAACAGGUUGGACUUGUCCUCGAGACUGGUUAUACUUCAACGGCUCAUGCUAUCGAGCUCAUGACACUAAACUGUCAUGGUUUGACGCAAGGGUGGCUUGCGAGAAAAACGAAGGAGAACUGCUUAGCAUCAACUCUGAGGGAGAACAGCAGUUCGUAUACAAACGCAUGGCAGUUAACAAAACGUUUUGGAUCGGCUUGGUGAAAGAUAACAGCUCUCGAAGGUUCCACUGGUCGAAUAGGGAGGAGCUAGCUUACUUGAACUGGAUCCCUGGAGAGGGAAAGAUUACGGGUGACGAGGACUGUGGUGAAAUGACAGACUACAGUUCAUUUCAUGGCCAGUGGAACGACAAAAGCUGCUCCAAAGAACAGCCCUACAUCUGUGAAAAAGAUGCAGUGAGGGGACGAUAUUUCAAGAGAUUGCCAAACACACAGUUGACUGAGCAUGUGAUCGACCAGUUGAUCGUACAAAGUGACAUUGAAUGUUUGCUCUGGUGUGGACGCAACCAAAACUGCACAUCAGUUAACUAUAGACCAGGAGACUCGCCAUCAACGAGCCUUUGUGAGAUAAACGCUGCAAUCGCAAACGAGUUUCCCGAAGAUAUGGUGAAGAGCGAGGAAUUCGAUUACUAUGAGGCUUUGGUUGAAGAUAUUUGACUCACUGGCCCCUCCCUGGUGACCAUUGGCAAUCAUGAACCGUUUAGUUUUUAGGUCAGUAAUGUAAGGUUUCUUAUUUUUGCAGCGAGGUGCAAAUAAAUAAAUAAAUAAUUGGUAAGUAACCAUAAAAAAAAAUUUUACAACGCUUGGUUGGUUUUAGUCUC